AUGUUCUCUAACGGCCCUUGCUACUCUGACGCCUUCCGUUCCAUCCCCCUUCCCUUCUGUCCUUUUCAUGCCUCCAAAGCACACCCCCUCAACUCUCUCCUCCCGCCUUCCCCCUUCCACCCGCCCACUCUCCGUCCUGCCUUUCUCUUCUCCUUCCGCCCCGCGGCCUUUCCCACCUCCUCCUCCUCCUCCUCCUCCUCCUCCUCCUCCUCCUCCUCCUCCUCCUCCUCCUCCUCCACUCGUCUCUCCCUCUCCCCACAGUCCACAGCAAUGUACAUCUUCUCUCCUGUUACCUAUUUCCCCACCCACUCUCCCCGCCCAUUCUGCCCGGCCCCUCUCCCGCCCCCUCUCCCCAUCCCUCUUCCCGUCCGUCCCCCCGCCCUCUCCUCCCGUGCGCAUUUUACGAGUCGACUCAAAAACUGUCCCCUCGCCCUCUCUGCCCAUGCGCAUCUCUCUCCGCUGGUUGGGCUGGUUGGCGCGCAUCGCCCCCUGCCUCUGGCGAACGCCAGCGCCAUCAUGCUCAGGCAGGCGGAGCACCUUUUGAGUCGACGCAAAAGUCAAUCCCGGCUGUCUCCUCGCCCUCGCCCUCUCCUCCCACGCGCAUCUCUCUCAGCUGGUUGGGCCGCAUCGCCCCCUGCCUCUGGCGAACGCCAACGCCAUGCUCAGGCGGGCGGAACAGAGCUGCGAGUUGGGGAAGUCGCACAUAGCUUACAGGUGGGCAAAACCUGUUCUAGCCAAUCCCUGGACCCAUUAUUAGUGCCAUAA